AAAAAUUCAAGAACACAAAAGCAAGAAAUAACGAAAGAGGAAUGGAAAACAACUUACCUUAAAAAAAAAAUGGAAUACAACGAAACAAAAAGCAAACAAUACUGAAUUGGAAAACUAGCUUUAUUACAGAGUUUUUCCUCAUCAUUCUUUUUACAAAUUCCCCUUUUCCCGGCAAAGCAUUCCACUCCCUGACUCCCCUCUUUCAAUCAAUGGCUCGCAUCUUCUUCUUCUUCCUCUUCCUCUCUCUCUCCUCACAAACAGCUCUCGCUGCAAAAUUUCGGCUAGUUAACAAGUGCAAACACACAGUAUGGCCAGGCCUCCUCUCCGGCGCAAACUCCCCACCUCUUCCAACCACCGGAUUUUCUCUCUCCUCCGGAAAAUCCCGCACUCUCCACUUCCCAAGAUCCUGGUCGGGUCGACUCUGGGCCCGAACUCUCUGCUCCGGUAACCCAUCCGCCGGGAAAAUGACCUGUCUCACUGGGGACUGCGCCUCCGGGAAACUCGAGUGUGGCGGUGCUGGUGCCAUCCCUCCCGCCACUCUAGCUGAGUUCACUCUCAACGGUGCCAAUGGUCUUGACUUCUAUGACGUCAGCCUCGUUGACGGUUACAACCUCCCUAUCCUUAUCGUUCCUCUUGGUGGCCGUGGCGGAGACUGUAGCCCCACUGGGUGUCUUGUUGAUAUUAACCGCGCGUGCCCUAGAGAACUUAGUGUCGCCGCGGCGCGUGGAAAUGGGAGGGGGAAAGUGGGGAAGGGAACUGCCGUCGCGUGUAAGAGCGCGUGUGAGGCUUUUGGGGACCCACGGUAUUGUUGUAGUGAAGGGUAUAAUACGCCUGACACGUGUCCGCCGUCGGUGUACUCGUUGUUCUUUAAGGAGGCUUGCCCGCGCGCGUACAGCUACGCGUAUGAUGAUAAAACGAGUACUUUCACUUGUGCUUCUGCCGAUUAUAUCAUCGUCUUCUGCCCUCCUCCUUAUACCAGCCUAAAAUUGCUGGGUAAACGAAGAGUAAUGGCAGGGGAACUACCAUUGGUGAACAAAACAAUGAUGUACUUGCAUUCAAGAGGAAGCAAAGUGUCCACAGGUCUAGCUACUUCUCAUCUUACUGCUGGCCGGUAAUGAAGAGAAGUGGGUGUCAGCUUUCGACCCCAUUUUGUACCCAUUUCCUCUCAUCCUUUUACAAUUUCUCUUCAAUGCUCUCCUCUCCGAAUUCAUGCCUCAACAUGCUGGGAAAGAUGAGCAAUUCUACAUCAUGUUUAAUCUUGCACCACUGCUCAAAGUUAAACUGUACAUAUCAUUUUUUUCUUCCCUUGUCAUAAGCGGCUCCUUUUAGGUACAUACUGUGUUUUAGUUUUGAACAGGAGGUAAUACCAUGUUUGUUUUCAAGAAUGUCUGAAAGUUAUCCGUCCUGUCCCUCGAUUUGUUAUUGUACUUGGGGACUCUUCCAUGGGAGAUCUUGAAUGCUAUCAAGGCUUGUAUUUUGAAUUUUGUAGCCUGCAAACUUGGGUGCUUUAAUUCCAGCUAAAAGCUAGCUAGUGAUUGAGCUUUAGUUUUGGCUUGAAGUAGAUGAUCACUGUAUUGUAUUGUGAUUUGUAGCUGUACGCGUAGAACAUAAUCCCAUUUGGUUUGCUGUGAGCCAGUGGCCUUUAAUUCCAUUUAUCUGCUACGUUGUGAAA